AUGUCAGCAGCAGCUGCUAAGGAACAUCAAAGGCACAAGGCAGAAUCGUUUCUCAAAGAAGGAAUUGCUCACACGCGCGUACCCAGGCACAUACAAUCACCCAUCUGCGGGAUGCCGAAAGGCAAGCGAUGGUACAAACAGUCGUUCUUCAUCUGGCUCCUAGGGGUCUUGCCAACAUGGCAGCCAGAGACCGUGGAGACCAUAGUGACCUCAGCAUCCCCUCUUCGAGUGUCUGCCCCGAGUCAACAGGGCUCGCGUUCAGCGCUGCAAAUUCGUGUCGGGCCUUCGGUACUGGCAGGAGAUCUUUCAAAGCUGGCAUUUGAGACCCGUCGGGUGAUCCGGGCAGGCGCAGAUUACGUUCAUCUGGACAUGUUCGAUGGAAACUGGGUUCAGGGGGCCUUCACUUUUGGCCCCAUGGUUGUGAAGGCUCUUCGGGAUCACGAGCCGAGGGCGUAUUUCGACGUUCACUUGUGCGUGAUGAAGCCGGAAGGGUACCUCGAAGAAUUAAAACAAAUGGGGGUCAGCCGAGUGACGUUGCAUGUCGAAGCCACUGGGGACCCCACAGCAGCUGCCAAUCGUGCACACGGCCUCGGCCUUGACGUAGGCUUAGCCUUGGCUCCCGAGACGCAAGUCGAUGAGAAGCUCCUUUCCAUUGCGGAGCUCUUUGAUGUGGUUCUGGUAAUGACGGUUCCACCAGGCUUCGGUGGCCAAUCCUUCAUGCCGGAGAUGCUGCCGAAGCUGCGGCAACUGCGCGAAGCUUUCCCGACCAAGGCCUUGGAGGUAGACGGAGGCGUGACGCCGACGACGGCCGCGCUGGCCGCGGCUGAGGGCGCUAAUGAGGCGGUGGCGGGGUCUUCAGUGUUCCACUCGAGGAACCUGCGCCGAGCAAUUAGGGAGCUUCGGCAUGGCUUGGAGCAAGGGCAGCAGACUUGGCAGCAGAGCUGA